CACUCUUCCCUAUGUUGACUUCUGUUUAUUAUGUAUAAUCAAAUAACCAGAUGAUAAUUGCAAUGUGAUACUUUUAAUGUAAUACUACUUUUAUAUUUAAUCAUUAAUUUGUAUGUGGUUUAUUUUGCAACUGUAUCCCUCCUUUUUUUUUUUUUUCCCCAAAACCAUAAUACCACUUAAUGAAUUCCUAUAGUCAACAUCCUGUGCAGUUCCUUCCACAUCAGCAAACAAAUGAGGGUCAAACAUUAAAAUGCUAGCAGAUCUAACCAUACAUGAUUAGAAGGUGAGGAAACGUAAAAAAAAAUAAAUAACUCUUAUUCACUGAAGUCAUUAAAGAUGCUAUUUAGAAAACUGUACCUGUGCUUUAGAACCAGUAGAUGGCAAAGUUGUCUAACUACUUUGGAACUAAAUAGUGUUGUAACUAACUUAUUCUUCACAAUCAUAUUUCCUUAAUAGGUGUUAAGAUUCAUCGAUUAUAAUGCAUUAAGGGUUUAAUCACAUUACAAGUCAAGUGAUGACAGCUGCAGUGUAAAAUGUCUCAUUGAUGAUCUUGUAGUUUACUGACACUUACUGUGUACUGCUACGAAUGCAGAAAGAAAUUAAACAGCCAACCUAUUUUCAGAAUAUGUCCUUUCCCUAUAUUUAAGGUUCUGAUGCUACACACAGGAUUUAACUAAAGCAGGUAUCAGUGAUUAGCAGUUCUAGUAUGCACUGACUGCCGGAAACCCACGUCUAUUCUCAUUUCCUCUUUCAAUGUAUGAGGCUUUUAGGUGGCUUCAUUUUCAGCUAGAACAGAGCAGAUGUUGCAUAAAUGUAUUAGUUGUCUUAUGGUGACAACCUGAGCUUGUGCUGUUCAACAUGGUUCUUCCUCAGCCUCAAGUGUGGCAGUUCCUUCUGCUGUUGGGCAUUGGUGGACUCCUGCAAACUGAUUUUUGUGUAGGUCAGCAAUCAGUACAGAUCCAGAACGGUCCAUUGUACCGUGCGAAAGGAUUUCCAAUGUCCAUCUCCUGUAAUGUUAGUGACCUCAAGUUUUCAAGGAAACAAGAGUUUGCCUUUUCAAUCUAUAAACCAGAGAAACCAAAUAUUCAAAUCCAGAUUAUUAGCACACAUGACAACAACUAUGCUUAUACGAUGUACUAUCAAAGAGUACGUGAGCAAAGCAUUAACAUCGAAAGACUUUCAGACACUUCAGUUCUCUUCCACAUCAUGUCCCUGAAAGCAGAAGAUUCUGGAAAAUAUGAAUGUUAUACCCCAAAUGUAGGCACAACAUAUCAUGGAAGCUACAGUGCUGAAACAACAUUGCAUGUGAUUGAGGAUACUCUCAAAGCAUCCAACAUUGGACUUCUAUCUCACAGCAUCUCUGAGGGUGAAUCCCUUCAACUAGAGUGCCAAGUCUCCAGUCAGACCUUCCAGCAUACUCAUCUGUCUGUCACAUGGUAUGUGCGUGGGAGCACCGACACUCGACCCAUCAUCAGUUUGGACCGUGAUUUAACUGUAAAGCCUGGACCAGAGUUUGACGACAGAUACCGUUCUGGGCUCAUAUCUAUGGAGAAGAUAGAAGACAGCAUCUACAGACUCGAGAUAAAUCAAGUGCAGCAAUCUGACAGUGGUGAGAUCUACUGCCAGGCCGAUGAGUGGAUCCAAGACCCUGAUCGCUCUUGGUUUAGGAUUUGCCACAGGAACACCUCAGUCUUCCACAUAGAGGUCAAAGCUCUAGACACAGCUGAUGAAGUGGGAUCUUUCGCUUCUCAAAUUCGGGUUGGGAAUGCGGCCCUUGAGGAAGGAGACAUGAUUGAGAUUGAAUGCAUAAUAGAGGCUCUCAAUCUUCCUGGACAUUUCUUCUCUAUGACUUGGCUGAAAAACAACAGUGAAGUGGCUCAAAUUGGUCCCUCUGGUGUGCUGUCUGUAGCUAAUACCUAUGCUAAAAGAGCAACUGAGGGUGAGCUAAGAACUGUGAAGAAAGGGGAUAGAAACUUCGUACUUACUAUUCAACCAGUAAGGGCUGAAGAUCAGGGCAUUUAUCAGUGUAAAUCUGUACAAGAGAAAAAAACAGAGACUGGGUCCUUCAUCAAAGAAAAAAGCCAGCUAUCACGGGAGGAAACUGUGCUCAUAAGGGCCAAAGAGAGUGGUUUGGCUGUUGUUAUGACAAAGGAGCUGGUGAAUGUGACCGAAGGAGAGCCACUACAAAUCACCUGCAGUGUCUCUGGAGCCAAAGGGCUGCUGUCAGUGGUGUGGCAGCACAAAAAAUCUACAAGCAGCUCUUUCAGUGAUGUCAUAACCCUAAGUCGCGAGGGGGUGAUGGAAGCUGUAGGGGCUCAGUAUCAGAACAGGGGCUUACGUACGUUUCGUUCUAAUAUUGCUAAUUUCAUUUUGGAGUUAAGUGGAGCUCUUUUGUCUGACAGCGGUCACUAUAUGUGCAUUGUGUUUGAGUGGAGCAUGGAGAACAAUGGCAACCUGAAGAAAGUGAACAGUCAUUCACAACAAGGCCAAGUUUCUGUUAAAUCUAUUGAUUCUCUUGUACAUGUGAGUUUAAGAAGUCGUGAUGUAAUUGUAACUGAGAACUCAGUAAUAAAAAUGAUCUGCUUAGUUCAAGCACCGAAUAUUUUCUUAGCUGUAACUUGGAGGUUUGUAAAACCCAAUUCAACUGUUCCAAAAAACAUUAUUUGUAUGGACCAGUCUGGUGGAAUGUCCUGUGGAGCGGAGCAGCGAGACUAUCAGAUAGAAACUCAAGUGAGAAACACAGGCAAAACUUUUAUUCUCAAGGUGUUAAGAGCGAGUCAGCAACAUGAGGGACGUUAUGACUGCCAGAUUGAUGCUUACGACAAAAAUGUUCAGAAAGCCAAAAAACUCUCCAAUCCACUGGCCGUCACUGUACGAAGACCUGUCAGCAAAUUGGUUGUCUCCACCACCAUUAAAUCUCCUUUGAAAAUCCAAGUAAACAUUGACAGAGUGAUUGAUUGCUUGGUGACCUCAGACACUUCGAAUUCUUCCCGUUUUGAAGUAACAUGGAUGCAUGACAGACAGACUCUGGUGAAAAUGGAACCAGGAGGGGUACUCCAUCUGGACAUGGAUGAAAGGAUCAGCAUGAGAAGAACUAAUAGACAAACCUUCCAACUGAUGAUCAAACAGUUGAAGCCCACAGACAGUGGACGCUACCACUGCUCAGUAACUGAAUGGAUUCAGGAUCCUGAUGGCAUCUGGUAUAAUCUUGACACAAAGUCUGUCACAGUGGAACUAGAUGUCAUUGCAAAAGAAAAUGAAUUUAGCAUGGAUAAAUCUAAUGUUCAGCUGCAUGUCACAGAGGGAGAACAGGUGAAACUGAACUGCUCACUCGGGCCUGGUGGACUCGACCCUAAAUUUCGUUACUCUCUGAGUUGGUUUUUUCAAAGACCAGAUCAGAGUUUGUCUACAUUUAAGCUCCUUACCUACAGCCAUGAUGGACGUCUGCAGUUCCAAGAAUUGGAUUCAGAACUUCAGUAUAGGCUUUCUUUCUCCAGACCCCAUCUUAGUGUCUUCCAUCUGUCCAUCUUAAAUUCCAUUCCAUCUGACAGUGGAAGCUAUUACUGUGUAGUAGAUCAGUAUCAGGCUGACUGUAAAAGCAAAUGUGAAAGGAUGGCGAGCGACAAUUCCGGUUUAACCAAUGUCAGUGUACAUUAUAUAGAAGGUAGGCUGCAAGUACACAAAGCCAAUCAUGUUCAUAAUGUUAGUGAACUUCAGAACGGCUUUGAGGUGGAAUGUAAGAUCACCUCACGCUCCAGCAAUAAGUCUGUGUUUGAAGUGACCUGGUCUAGGAAACAAGGAAAUCAGCGGCCCCUGAUCAUUUUUAAUGCAAGUCGUGAUGGCACUCUACACAGCACCAUCCUUGUAAGAACUCUGGUUUAUAACCGACCCAGAACCACUCUCUACACACUCACUGUGCCUAAUGUUGAUUCCUCAGAUAAUGGCCAGUAUCAGUGUCAGGUUGUGGAAUGGCUACAAACAGCUGCGAACAUCUGGCGAAAGGUGGCUGAAGACAAAUCAGGAGAACUUUCUAUCAAUGUAGAGGUCGAGAUCAAAACAAGUGAAGGCACUUUCACUUUGGAGACACCUGACACUCAUCAGAACUACACAGAGGGAGAGCAGUUGGAAACAAGUUGUUCUAUUAAUAUUGAUCAAAUGGACCUGACCUUCCAUUACACUUUCACUUGGAUUGUGGAGAGACAAGGCUCCAGUGCAAGCACUGUUUUACUGAGCCAUACAUAUAAUGGUUAUCUAAAGUACCAAACAGAGAACCAGCAGUUCAAUGGCAGGCUACUGUUUUCCAGGCCCACACACAAAACCUUUUAUCUCACCAUUUUAAAUUUGGAUCCAUCUGAUAGUGGAAACUACUUAUGCCAGGUUGAACAGUAUCAGCUUGGCUGUGAAGGCAAGUGGGAAAAGAGGGGAUCUUCACAAAAGGUUUCAACUAUGGUUGCUGUGCACAAAAUAGAAAGUAAGCUACAAGUACACAAAGCAAGUCAGUUUCUUAAUGUUAGUGAUCCUCAGACUGGCUUCAAGGUGGAAUGUAAGAUCACCUCCCGAUCCAGCGACAAGUCUGUGUUUGAAGUGACCUGGUCUCGGAGACGGGAAGAUGAGCAGCCCCUGAUAAUUUUUAAUGCAAGUCGUGAUGGCAUUGUACACAGCACCAUCCUUGAAAGAACUCUGGUGUAUAACCGACCCAGAACCACCCACUACACACUCACUGUGCCUAAUGUUGCACCCUCUGAUAAUGGGCGGUAUCAAUGUCAGGUUGUGGAAUGGCUACAGACAGCUGCUAACACCUGGCGAAAAGUGGCUGAAGACAAAUCAGGAGAACUCAGUGUCUAUGUUCAUGAUAAAGCUCAUUUAUAUGAACAGCCAUGUUCUUCUGCACUAUUGAUGUCUACCCUCAUUCCUGCACUUUUUGUCCUGCUUGUGGUUAUCAUAAUUCUGCUGAUUAAAGUUCAGAAGACAAAGUCUACUUCAAAAAAGGACCAGAAUAGCACAUUUUGGAUUGAGAGUACCCCACUCAAAGAAGUGAUUGAGGUUGUGUUAGCACAAAGUCACACGACAUGCUGAAGACCCAGGAGCAGCUGAUACAGUGAGCAGAAAGAAGACAGGAAGAACUGAGGUGUGAAAACUCAUCACAAAGUAAAGAGAUGGAGAUGCAUUAAUUAGGAAAGAGGGUUCUCUCUGGCUUUCUCCUAACUGUCUGUUAUUACAUCAUUCCGCAUAUGGAAACAGGGAGAGCAAACAACUGCAGAGAGGAAGAGGAAGUGUUCGAGUCAGAGAAUGGAAAUUUCCACACACUGAUAAGAAAAACCUGUUCUGUUCUUCAGAUUAUUUUUGCUCCAUUUACAAAGUUCACAUUUCACUGCUUUGUUUCUUCAAAGAAACUAAUUUCCUGCUGGGAAAUCUACAGUAAAAAAGCACACAAAAUCAGGCCGAGAUGCAUAAAGGUGCAAUUUAUUUUCUACA